AUGUAUCAUCCUGUUGGUGCACGUGAACGUGAUGUAUCAACGCGACUUAUCAAACCAACGCUGCCAAAUAUGGAUAUAAAUGAAAUAUUAAACUUAGUAAAUAAUUGGAAUUCAGUCUGGGAAAUUGAUGCUGGUAUUUUGAUUUUUGAUGAAGGAAUUGCUCAGUUUCUGCUUGUCGAUGAACAGUCUCAUGUAAAAUUUUUCGCAGCAUUAAUAUUAAAAAAGGCAAGUUUAAGGUGUCGAUUAGUCAAUGAUGAACCAAAGGAUAUGUUAGAAGAAGCUGAGAACAUUUUUAGAAUUGUAAACAAUGAAGAAUUAACACCAACCGAUUCAAAAAAAAUCGACUUCUUAAAGAACAUUUUAACUAAACGAGGCUAUCGUUUCGCUGAAUAA